GGAACCGGUAAGAGCUGUUUCCGGGACAAGAGCUGUGGCAGCCUUUGCUUGGGGGGUCGUCAGUAUGCGUGGGCCGUGGCGGCGCCUCUGGGUCCGGAGGGCUCCGGGCUGCGGCUUACAUACGGCCCCCGCGACGACCCUUCCCCACUGGCUUGCCGAGAGGCUGGGCCUCUUUGAGGAGCUAUGGGCAGCGCAGGCCGAGCGCUUGGCGGAGAAGGCCCGGAGGGAGCGGCGGACGAUCUGUGUCCUGGUUCCCGGAGGCCGGAGGCUGGAAGGCGAAGCCUGGAGCACCACCCCCUACCAGGUAGCGCGGCAAAUCAGUUGUACCCUGGCAGACAGUGCACUGGCGGCCAGAGUCAAUGGCGUCCUCUACGAUAUGGACCGGCCCUUGGAGGGCGAUGCUGACCUGGACUUCCUGACUUUUGAUUCCCCCGAAGGAAAAGCGUUGUUCUGGCAUUCUAGUGCCCAUGUUCUGGGGGCAGCUGCUGAACAUCUUCUGGGUGCCCUCCUCUGCUGUGGCCCCAGCACCUCUUGUGGAUUCUACCAUGACAUAGCUCUCAGAGGGAAUCGGACAGUGCGGGGCUCAGAGUUGCCCAUCUUAGAACAGACAUGUCAGAGGAUCGUGGCUGCUGCUCACCCUUUCCGGCGGCUGGAAGCCUCUCGGGAGCAGCUUGGUCAGCUCUUUAAGGAUAACCCUUUUAAGCUUCAGCUGAUUGAAGACAAAGUAAAGGAACCAACUGCUACAGUCUAUGGAUGUGGCACAUCAGUUGACCUUUGCAAGGGCCCCUACCUCCGACAUACAGGACAGAUUGGUGUGCUAAAGCUCCUGACGAACUCAUCCUCAUCGUGGGUGGGGUCUUCAGGGGCUGAGGAGCCACUGCAACGAGUAUACGGCAUUUCCUUCCCCUCCAUUGAGGGGCUGAGAGCCUGGGAGAAGCAGAGGGAGGCAGCAACAGCGAAGGAUCACAGACGCAUUGGGAAAGACCAGGAGCUUUUCUUUUUCCACGAGCUGAGUCCUGGAAGCUGUUUUUUCCUGCCACGGGGGACAAGAAUCUAUAACGCGCUGGUGACUUUCAUCAGGGGUGAGUAUGCCCGGCGAGGGUUCUCUGAGGUGAGGACCCCAACCCUCUUCUCUACGAGACUCUGGGAGCAGUCCGGACACUGGGAGCAUUACAGUGAAGACAUGUUCAUUCUCCGGCCUACAGAGGCUGACGGACCCACUGAUUGCCAGAGUGACUGUUCCACCAGCCAGCCUAGGGACCUACUGGCCCUCAAGCCUAUGAACUGCCCUGCCCACUGCCUGAUUUUUGCCCACCGACCCCGGUCCUGGCGAGAGCUGCCCUUGAGGCUGGCGGAUUUUGGGGCCCUGCACCGAACUGAGGCCUCUGGGAAUCUGGGGGGCCUGACUCGGCUUCGGAGGUUCCAGCAGGAUGACGCCCACAUCUUCUGUGCUCCAGAUCAGGUUAUCUUUGUGCCAACCUGGCUACUUUCCCAGUUCUUUCCCACGCUCACAUGUUCCUUUUUUGUGGGGACCUACAGGCGGACCUGUCCCUUCUCUAUAGCCCUGAGGGCCAUCCUCUCUCACUCUUGCUUCCUUUCAGUUUCUCCUGCUGUCCCUCCUCUUCCUCAGAGUGGCCCCUGGACACACACAGCUCCUGGGCCCUCCACCAAACUUGCACUUCCCCUUGUGUCUGUCCCCCAGCUGGAGACUGAGAUCCAAGGAUGCCUCGAUUUCCUUCACUCGGUCUACACAGUCCUUGGCUUCUCCUUUCAUCUGGGGCUCUCAACCAGGCCGUCGUCUUUCCUAGGGGAGGCUCACCUUUGGGACCAGGCCGAGCAGAUCCUUGAAAAAGCCCUGAAUGAAUUUGGGGAGCCCUGGGAGCUGAAUCCUGGAGACGGUGCCUUUUAUGGACCCAAGAUUGAUGUUCAUAUCCAGGACGCCCUGGGCAGACCCCAUCAAUGCGGGACCAUCCAGCUUGACUUCCAGCUGCCCCUGAGAUUUGACCUCCAGUACAUGGGGCAGGCGGGGGUCCUGGAGCGCCCGGUCCUCAUUCAUCGAGCAGUGCUGGGCUCAGUGGAAAGAAUGUUGGGGGUGCUGGCUGAGAACUAUGGAGGCAAAUGGCCCCUGUGGCUCUCUCCACUCCAGGCCAUGGUCAUUCCCGUAGGAGCUGAGCAAGAGGGUUAUGCACGGGAGGUGCAGGAAGCCCUGCUCGCUGCAGGCCUGGUGGGUGACUUGGAUAAGGAUCCCAGCCUGACCCUUGGCCGGAGAGUGCGGCGGGCCCAGCUCUCCCAGUAUAACUUCCAGUUGGUGGUGGGUCCCAGAGAGCAGAGUCAAAGGACAGUGAACAUCCGCGCGAGAGACGGGCGCCAGCUCGGAGAGCGGGCUGUCGCGGAGGCGGUGGGCCGGCUUCGGGAGCUGCAGGCCGCCAGGGUCUGCAACGCCGAGGAAAUGUUCUGAGCCGUGCCCGAGCACACGCAGAGGGGCUCUGGAGAUUGAGCUGCCGCCCUCCCUCGGGAAUGGUGGGAGAAAGAAUGGGAUGGAGAUGCCGCUCCCAGUGGAAAAAUUGGGGGGCAUUUUGCUGGAACUCUACUGGAGUUGUGGGAAGAGGGAUGUCCCUUCUCUCUCCUGAAAAGAUCGACCCUGUAGACUGGUGAGGGGAAAGUGUGGAUGAGAAUGAGAAUAAAAACUUGAACUUCC